CUUUGUUUAUGUGUAUAAGAAAAUUAUGAUAAUAUGAAUUAAAUGAAGAAUCGUUAGUGUAAAAAUUUCAUUGAUGUGUUAGAAAUACCUAUAUUCACAAGGAUUUAUACUUUUAAAAUGAUGUCAAAGACUAUCUUUAUUAUAACUAUGACCAGUUUGGUUUCCAGUGAUUUCUACAGUUCCCGUUACGAUGAUUUCGAUGUCCAACCUCUGUUAGAGAAUGAUAGGAUACUACUUAGCUACACUAAGUGUUUCCUGGAUCAAGGACCGUGCACACCUGAAGCUAAGGAUUUUAAAAAAGUGAUUCCUGAGGCGCUUGAGACAUCUUGCGGUAAAUGUACACCGAAACAAAAAGAACUAAUAAAAAAAGUGAUAAGAGCAGUGAUGGAUAGUCAUCCCGAAGCUUGGGACCAACUAGUUGACAAGUAUGACAAAGAAAAGAAAUACAGAGAUAAUUUCAAUAAGUUUCUGGAAGAGCAAUAAGGAAUGUAAAGGAUACAUUGUGACAACAUUGUGAAUAAAUAGAAUUUCCUAAAUAUAUGUCACGUUUGAAAGAAAAGGUUAACAAAAAAUAAACUUAUUAUUUAUCUCUUAAUAAACUAUUUUAGCUUUACAAAUAAGAUAGAUGUGUGACACUUAGUUA